CGGGAGGUUAUGUUUCCAUAACAACUCUGCGGAUAAUGGCGGCCGAGGGGAAGCUACACGCCUAUCCAAUAUCACACGGGUCAGGAGAAACAGUAGGAACCUAAUUGUACGACAGACACGGAUCAAAUUUGUCGCAGCGGUUCGCUCAAGAGGCCUAUUCCCGCCUAGGACCGAACAUUCUACCCCUACUCACGAACAUCCGAGACUGCCUAACGUCCUCGGGUGUCGAUUUGGCAGUGUCUUAACAAUUGAUGGCAUGACCAGGAGCAAGAAUUGUGUGAUAAAACAUAAAUGGACAAAAUUCCAGCAGUAUCUUUUAGAUCUCAGCGUGGUACAUAUAUACACCAGUGAUAUAUAUAUCUUUGGGCAUUGCAUGAUCUAAUGAGUUUAAUAGACAGCUUCGCGAGCAGUGUUACACGAUAUCCUGUACUAUAUUACAAACAUACACAAUAACGACAAUAUUGUACACAUAUGCAAAUGAAAUGUUUCAUAAACAUGCGUGAUUAAUGGUUUAUCACGUUAAGAAGUUUCACUUUUCCGCGCCUCAUAAAUAACGACAAACUGGCUAUAUCUGUGGUAUCAACAUUACACAGAGCGUUGAACUGGAGCGGUCGCACUUGGCAGGAAUCCACCUGACGAUUUUGGGAAGCUGAGUAAUAUAACAUAUUUCUGGUGAUGAGGAACCCAACACUAAGAUUCGUGGUCCUACUACUGAUUAUAGGUUUUAGCUGUCAAGUAUCCGGUUUAUGUAUUCCUGCAUGCCAGAACGGUGGAUCGUGUGUGAGCGACGUCUGCCAGUGUGUGACGGGUUAUGGUGGAGCGAGCUGUGACGAUGUUGUUCCUACUACAACGACGACGCCGCCUCCUACAACGACGACAUCGACGACGACAACAACAACGACAACUAAACCGCCGAAGAAAGGACACUGCUGACGAAUACACACUGUUUACCAGAAAUAACCUGAUGAACGCACGCAUGGUUUACCAGAAAUAACAAGCUGCUCGCAGACAACUAAUACCAAACCAUUCCUCGUAUGGCUUAACAGAUGCAUCGACCUAAACGCCAUGCUUACCAGAAAUAUACCAUGGACAAUCUGUUUUUAUGUCAACGAAAUCUACAAAUAUUUGCAUAUAAAUACUGUCACUGAUGUUUCCCA